UGGAGGGGCUCCUCGGGGGCUCCUUGCCGGCUGGUCUCUCUUUCGCUCUUCUCUGAGCCCACCUUCCCUACCUCAAUUGCAUGUUCAUGCAACAGGCAUUUGUAGGCUCGGCUCUGAGCUAGGCCUCAUGCUGGGCACAGCAGGGCAGAUAUGAAUGAUGGUCCCUACAAAUAAGAUACAGGCAAAUACUUGCAGGGAAACCUCCAUGAAAGAGGCAGCUGUGGGGCUCCUGGAGGUGGACCCCUCUCUGAGUGCACAUAUAGGCAGAGCAGUGAAAGGUCAGCAGGCUGGUAACCCAUUCUGGAAGGACCCUGGUACAUGGGGCUCAUCACAAACUCCUGCCCCUUAUGAGUCCUUCCUUUGGCCCCUGGAGCUCACCCCAGGAAAGGCCCGGCCUAGGGCAACUCCAGGACAUCUCAGCCCCCUUCAAGGACCAUGCUAAAGCCUCUGCAGCUGUCUCAGCUCCUAGGAUAGCCCUCCCAGCUCCUUCCCAGGGAUAAUUGAACUUUUCCUCUCUUGGGGCAGAAGUUGGGGACAGUGCUGGUUCCUUUGCAGUUCCCAGGCCAGGUUCCAGGAUCCCCCUGUGCAGCUGACCCAGCUGAAAUGGUGACUUCUCCCCUGCACCUUCUCUCUCUGGCAAUGACGCAGGGCUGCAGUGCAGUCCACCUGAGCCAUGGCCCAGGCUGCAGUCAGAUGGGGUGAGGGUCACUGGACUGGGGACCCUCUUUGUGUUGAGCCUGCCUCCAUGUCCUCAUUACCCUGUCACAGACUCUGCAUGGUGAGGACUCAGCCCCGAGGCUGCCCUCACUGGUCCACUCACUGUUGUGCACGUGAAUUAACACCAGUGGUUGAGUUCUGGAUGCAUGCUUUCUCCCUUGGCCUUUUAAUUGUCCACUAUCUCUCAGGGCUCACUGCACAUCAGUCUGUGUUGAGACACCUCAUUCUUGACAGCAGCACAAAUUCCCACUAUGUGGAUGGACUGUCACUUAGGUAACCAGUUUCCCUAUUGAUGGACAUUUACAUUGCUUUUAGUUUCCAAGAAUGUGCGUUCAUCAUUUCAGCUGACUAUUUAGCAAUGGUUCUUCACAUAGAAAUUUUGAAACUCCCCUGUCCCAACUAAGCCUAUUUCCCCAGGCCACUCUCCUCUGCAGCCUGCUUAAAUGCAUUCUGCUCGGUUGUUCUUUUGCAAAAAGCAUGAAGCCCAAAGAUCUCUGCGGUGCAAUGAAGCUUUCAACAAGCAGGGAAUGUGUUGUAUAGAUAGUAUUUCCCUUUACAAGGCUAGGAGCAAAUAGGACCUUCCCGGGUUGGGGCCACCUGGCAUGCAGGGGUGAGGUGCCUCCCUGGCAUAAUGACAGGAGAGUUUCCUUCAGCAACAGGUGUGCCCUGCGCUGCUCUCCCAGGGACAGCUUUACCCUGGGAACCACUUCAAGAGAACACUGUGAUGUGGUACCACAGUCACCAUGGAAAAUCAACCCUGGUCUUCAGCAUUUGGGGGGCUCAGGCUCUGCAUGCUCUCUGUGCUCCCGUUUUCAUUUGGAUACUUGGAGUGCAGCUGUCCUGUCUGGAAUGCAGCUUUGCCUGUGCUUGUCUCAUAGAUGCAGGGGGCAGAAAAGGGCAGCUUAGCCAGAGUUCCUGGCAAGCACUGCUUUGCGGACUGAGAAUCUCAUGCCAAGAGAUGUUUACAUCCAGGGGCCGGGUCCCACUCCUAGACACCAAGACCUCCUGGUGGCGGCACUAGUUAGAGGAUGUUUCACUGCAGCCGCCCUCUGCCCCAGGGCCAGCCAUCCAGCCUGGGGCACGCAGGGCAUUGGCACACUGUCUAACUCAUCACCGUCUGGACAGUGGCGGCUCCCAGGCCAGGCGGCACCAUGCUGUCGAUGACGUACAGCGAGAGUCUGCGGAGCGUGAGCAGCAGGUGCCACUCUGAAUGGGCCCUGCAUCCCGUCCGCCAGACGGACAUGCUGGAACUGCAGCGGCUGCGGGAGGUGCGGGCGGCUGCCCAGGCCAGGAACAUGGAGAGCUUCCUCCACAUGCACGGCCUCUCCCUGGAUGGCUGCACCGCCCAGCGCACAGGCAUGAAGUAUCGGAACCUGGGCAAGUCUGGCCUGCGGGUCUCCUGCCUGGGACUUGGAACAUGGGUGACCUUCGGAGGCCAGAUCACCGAUGAGAUGGCAGAGCAGCUCAUGACCUUGGCCUACGAUAAUGGCAUCAACCUCUUCGAUACAGCAGAAGUCUACGCAGCCGGCAAGGCUGAAGUGGUACUGGGAAACAUCAUUAAGAAGAAAGGAUGGAGGCGGUCCAGCCUCGUCAUCACCACCAAGAUCUUCUGGGGCGGAAAGGCGGAGACGGAGCGGGGCCUGUCCAGGAAGCACAUAAUCGAAGGUCUGAAAGCUUCUCUGGAGCGACUGCAGCUAGAGUAUGUGGACGUGGUGUUUGCCAACCGCCCGGACCCCAACACCCCGAUGGAAGAGACGGUUCGCGCCAUGACCCACGUCAUCAACCAGGGGAUGGCCAUGUACUGGGGCACGUCACGCUGGAGCUCCAUGGAGAUCAUGGAGGCCUACUCGGUGGCCCGACAGUUCAACCUGACCCCGCCCAUCUGCGAGCAGGCUGAGUACCACAUGUUCCAGCGCGAGAAGGUGGAGGUGCAGCUGCCAGAGCUGUUCCACAAGAUAGGAGUGGGCGCAAUGACCUGGUCCCCUCUGGCCUGUGGCAUCGUUUCCGGCAAGUACGACAGUGGCGUCCCACCCUACUCAAGAGCUUCCUUGAAGGGCUACCAGUGGCUGAAGGACAAGAUCCUGAGUGAGGAGGGCCGGCGCCAGCAAGCCAAGCUGAAGGAGCUGCAGGCCAUCGCCGAGCGCCUGGGCUGCACCCUGCCCCAGCUGGCCAUAGCCUGGUGCCUGAGGAAUGAGGGAGUCAGCUCCGUGCUCCUGGGGGCCUCCAACACGGACCAGCUCAUGGAGAACAUUGGGGCAAUACAGGUCCUUCCAAAACUGUCGUCUUCCAUUAUCCACGAGAUUGAUAGUAUUUUGGGCAAUAAACCCUACAGCAAAAAGGACUACAGAUCCUAAGCCGCCCCCGCCCGCCUGCUCGGACAGUUUCCAUUCCCUCCUAGUCUCUGUUCGCUCGCUUAAGCUAUUCUGAAGCCAAGUGAAGAGUGUGGUUUGCAUCCAAGAGAAAACACCACACUGUGACGUCAUCGGGAAAUGAUCUCCCAGUCGCUGCCAGACACCACCCACUGCUUCGCCGGACAACGUCGAAGUCCUGAUCUGUGCCGGGGACGGCACUGGUUAGGAAGGACGUUCGAGCAGCCCCACCCAAGCCUGUCGCCUCUGCUCAUCCUCCAAGAUCACCCAGCUUUCUCCCAGCCACAGCCAAGAUUCCCCAAGUCAAGGUCCAAAGAUUCCCAAGAUUCCCCAAGUCAAGGCCGGGCCAAAGCCUGGGUGGGUUCUUGGGGCAGGCAGGGCUGGCCUCUCCUCUGCUGAGAAUCCCUACCCCGUGUAAGGGGAGAGGGAAAAGGGGUCUGGCCCAUCGAGGGGUCCUUUCUGCCAGGGCCUUAGUCGCUGGGGCAGGGGCCUUCCCACUGGGGGUCUUCCUCCACCUCCCACUUUCCAAGGGCUCCAGGAAUCUGGGCCUGACCCAGAUUCCUCCCUCAUCCUUCUCUGCUCCAACCUGCCCCACUGGGUCCCGGCGGGGGCCAUGCCUACCAAGCUCGAGCUGGCCCUUGACCCCCACCCACCCCCACCCUUGCUGGCAGGGGCAGGGACCCCAGGGGGAUCAGCUCUACAAUUUGGGAGCCACAAAAAGUGUAGGGGUGCGAUUUCUAGCUCAGCAUCCCACCAUCUUCCUCCUACACACCAGUGAUGAGCCUCAUGCCAGUGAUGCCCGGAGCACAUGGGAGGGGUCCCAGUUGGGCAGGCCCUUCUGUCUGGCCACCCCUGUCGUGGCCCCGGAAGGCCCUAUGGUCAUGUGCUCCUAGCUGCACCGUGGCUGCUGGCCACACCGUGGCAGGUGGCAGCAAAGGCCGGUCCUGUGCUCAAGGACGCACUCUUCUUGGCCCCUGUAGACUUUCUCUAAAGCCACCCUCCACCCCAGGCCGCUGUUCUGCACUGAGGUGGUGGGCUGGAGUUUUGCAGAGAGCAUGCUUGGACCCUUUCAGUAAGAAAGGGUCCUUGGGGUUUUCUGUGCCCAGGACUGGGGUGCUACACCCCCACGGCGGCCCCCACAAUGUAGGAAAAGACCUCAGGGAACCUCCCCCUGGAAAGAUGGCCGGGGCUUGUUGGCCCCUCCCACUGCCCGGCACCUGGAACAGACUGGGGAGAGGGGAGAGAGGACAGGACAGGCCAGAGUGACACCCCUGUGCAGCUUGGGCCGGAGGGCUGGGGAUGCCAGGAAAUCUGCAGGUGCGGGGGUGCCACCUACAGGCCCAGGCCUGUGUCCUGAGCAGUACCCAGGCUUUGCUGACUGCACAGGGCAGGGCUCCACCUAAGCCACCCCCACCCCUCGCCAGCUAGCUCCAUAGGGAAGCCUGUGUGUCCUGCCCCCAAGGCGCACCCUCAGCGCGAGCACCUCUGUUCCCACUUUGCCCUUGGAGGAGCCACUAUUCCAGAAGGCUCCACCCUGCUGUCCGGUAGGAGCCUGCUGUCCAGUCCUGGAUGGGCCAAGGCCUGGGAAACGUGUGUAAGUCAGAAAGGCCAGCAGGGAGAGGCUGGGGUGAGGCAAGGAGAGGGAUACAGCUUCUGCUAUUCCUAGCCCACCUUCAUGCUGUCCCGGCACCUAGAACCCUUGCCCCUCCUCGUAGACCAAGUCCCGGGGGACUCCACCCAGUCCUGCUGCCCACUUCACCAGAAGCAGCCCUGUGAGUGUGGGGCGGGGAAGUCCCUUCCCAACGGAGGUCCCAGCCUAUGGCCCCGGGCCCAGGUGGGGGUCGCCCGCUUCCUUCCAGGACACGGUCCUGCAGUGGCCAAUGGUGCCAGAGGGCAGGUGGCCCACCUUCACCAUCAGGGAGGGUGGCUGGCCCCAUCCCUACUGCCACCCCAGCCCCACCCACUGUUGGAAGAGGGACCAGCACGUGAGGUGGUGCCCGGGGUGGGCACUGCUGCUUAAAGCAAGCCACACCUGGGGCAGCUGAGCCCCUGAAGGCUGUGGGUUUGCCAAACAGAGGCCAGGCCCCUGGUGAGGCCCAAGACCCCAGUGCCAGGAUGCACGCAGCCUCUGGCGCAGCUCUUCCCACAACCUGGUUCCUGGAUGUCCUGUUUGCUCCACACCCAUCUAUAGCGAGGAUGUGAGGGGGUUCUGCCUCCUGGGGCCAGGUCCUCCCUUGGAGGGGGGGGUGUUAGGUGGGACCAUCUGAGAAAGAACAGAAGACCAAGGGCAGUCGGGGUCUAGAAGGGAGGGCGCUGGCCCUGCUGGGUGCUGCGGAGCCCCCACCGUUUCCCACUCAGCCUUGCAGUCCCGAGGAGUGACGGGCUUCCUCCCAUCUUCUGUCCUUGUCCAGUCAUGUAAAUAAUGUGCUUUUUCCCUCCCCGCCCCCCGUCUUUUUUUUAAAACCGACCGUGGUUCCUCAGCUAACUGCAUUCCCUACCUAGGCAGAGACUGUCCUAUGCCUCGAGCUUCCAAACAAGACUCAGAUCACGACACAGCCACCGUAUUUAUGGAAUGACAAAAUAAAGCCCACACCCAUCAGU